AUGGAUGGGGUAGAUGGUAUUAUCUUGAGUAUCUUUGCUUUGUUAGUCACAAUUUACUAUAAAUUUGAAGCUAUUAAAGCUAUCCUGUAUGAUGAAACAGAAGAAAGUAUUGGUGCAAUCUCUAGUAGUGGCUCUAGAGAUAUUACCACUGUGAUCCAAGAAAACGAUAAAAAUUAUAUUGUAUUUUAUGGCUCUCAAACUGGUACCGCUGAAGAUUAUGCAAAGAUGUUUGCCAAAGAAUUAGUCGGUAAAUUUUCUUUAAAAGUUAUGUGUGCAGAUGUUGAAAAUUUUGAUUUUGAAACUUUAAAUGAAUUGCCUAAAAACGUUCUAGUAUCAUUUUUCCUUUCAACUUAUGGUGAAGGUGAUUUUCCUGAUAGUGCUGUACCAUUUGAAGAAUUUUUACUUGGUCUAGAUGAACCUGAACAAAGUUUAAAUAGAUUAAGAUUCUCGAUGUUCGGUUUAGGUAAUUCUACUUAUGAAUUCUUCAAUAAUGCUGCGAAGAAAGCAACCAAAAAUAUGAUUAAUAGUGGUGCAACUUUAAUUGGUAAAGUUGGUGAAGGUGAUGAUGGGAGUGCUACCACUGAUGAAGAUUAUUUGGCUUGGAAAGAAUUGAUCCUAGAGGAUAUUAAAGAUGCAUUAGCAUUACAAGAACACGAACAAGUUUAUGAACCUUCUUUGAGAUAUGAUACAUUGAUUGCUAAUACUGUGGAUAUGGAUUCAGUGUCUCUUGGAGAACCUUCUAAACAUUAUCUUCCAUGUAAUAAAUUACCAUUCAACAAUCAAUUAAAUAUUCAAACUGGUCCUUUUAAUCAUAACUUCCCAUAUCUUGCACCUAUUGUAAAAUCUAAAGAAUUGUUUAGUAAUGAAACCGAUCGUAGUUGUGUUCAUGCCGAAUUCGAUAUUUCUGGAUCUAAUAUCAAAUAUUCAACUGGUGAUCAUUUAGCAGUGUGGCCUUCAAAUUCAAACGAAGCUGUCAAAGAAUUCCUGUUGGCAUUUAAUCUAGAUGAAGAUGAAAUGUUUACUUUAAAGCCAUUGGAUUCAACCGUUCAAUUACCGUUUCCUUGCCCAACUACUGUAGGAACUGCUGUUCGUUACUAUUUGGAGAUCACAGGUCCAAUCUCUAGACAAUUAUUUAAUGCACUAAUUCAAUUUGCCCCAAAUGCGGACGUUAAACAAAAAUUAUCUCAAUUAUCAAAAGAUAAAACUAUGUUUGCCGAAAAGGUUACCUCAAGAUAUUACAAUAUUGCUGAUGCUGCAUUACAUUUAUCUGAUAAUCAACCUUGGAGAACUGUUCCAUUUGAAUUUUUAAUUGAAUCUAUCCCCGCAUUAAAACCCCGUUAUUAUUCUAUUUCAUCUUCUUCAAGUUCUGAGAAACAAAUGGUUCAUAUAACUGCUAUCGUUGAAAAAAGUAUUGUUCGUGAUAAAUCCUCACCUGUUCGUAGUGCCUAUGGUAUGACUACUAACUUAAUCAAAAAUAUCGAAUGUAGUCAAAAUUUUGAAGAAAAGACGAUCGAUGAGUCUGAUAUUAGCUUUGAUAUCGAUGGACCUCGUGAUUUGUUCCAAGAUUAUAAACUUCCUGUAUUUGUUCGUCGUUCAACUUUUAAGUUACCUUCAAACCCAAAGACUCCAGUUAUUAUGAUUGGACCAGGUACUGGUAUUGCACCUUUCCGUGGGUUCAUCAGAGAAAGAGUUAAAUAUCUAGAAUUACAGGCUGAUUCAAAUCUUACCUUAGGUAAGCAUUUAUUGUUUUAUGGUUGUCGUAAUGAUCAUGAUUUUUUGUACCAGAAGGAAUGGCCUGCGUACGCUAAUUCCCUAGGGGAAUCAUUCCAAAUGUUUGUUGGUUAUUCAAGAGUCCCUGAUACUCCAAAGAAAUAUGUUCAACAUUUAUUGAGAGAACAGAAAGAAGAAAUAAUGAAAUUAUUGAAAGAAGGUGCUUUUAUCUACGUCUGUGGUGAUGCAAAGGGAAUGUCACAAGAUGUUCAUGCUACUUUGGUAGACAUUGUUGCCGAAGGAAUGUCAAUUUCCGAACUUGAAGCUACUGAUAUGUUAAAGAUGUUCAAGACUAGUGGUAAGUACCAAGAGGAUGUCUGGUAA